CGCACCUCCGCUCCGCUCCGCGUCUCCAGCCGCCACCGCGCCCGACCCGGCCCCGCCACCAUGAGCUUCGGCUCCGAGCACUACCUGUGCGCCGCCUCCUCCUACCGCAAGGUGUUCGGGGACGGCUCCCGCCUGUCCUCGCGCCUCUCCGGGCCGGGCGGCGCGGGCGGCUUCCGCUCGCAGUCGCUGUCCCGCAGCAACGUGGCCUCCGCGGGCGCCGGCUCGUCGAUCUCGUCGCUCGGCCUGGGCCUCGCCUACCGCCGCUCGCCCGCGUCCGACGGCCUGGACCUGAGCCAGGCGGCGGCGCGCACCAACGAGUACAAGAUCAUACGCACUAACGAGAAGGAGCAGCUGCAGGGCCUCAACGACCGCUUCGCCGUGUUUAUCGAGAAGGUGCACCAGCUGGAGACGCAGAACCGCGCGCUGGAGACCGAGCUGGCCGCGCUGCGCCAGCGCCACGCCGAGCCUUCCCGCAUCGGGGAGCUCUUCCAGCGCGAGUUGCGCGAGCUGCGCGCGCAGCUGGAGGAGGCGAGCUCGGCGCGCGCGCAGGCCCUGCUGGAGCGCGACGGGCUGGCGGACGAGGUGCAGCGGCUGCGGGCGCGCUGCGAGGAGGAGAGCCGCGGGCGCGAGGGCGCGGAGCGCGCCCUGAAGGCGCAGCAGCGCGACGUGGACGGCGCCACGCUGGCCCGCCUGGACCUGGAGAAGAAGGUGGAGUCGCUGCUGGACGAGCUGGCCUUCGUGCGCCAGGUGCACGACGAGGAGGUGGCCGAGCUGCUGGCCACGCUGCAGGCGUCGUCGCAGGCCGCCGCCGAGGUGGACGUGGCCGUGGCCAAGCCGGACCUGAGCUCGGCGCUCAGGGAGAUCCGCGCGCAGUACGAGUCCCUGGCCGCCAAGAACCUGCAGUCCGCCGAAGAGUGGUACAAGUCCAAGUUCGCCAACCUGAACGAGCAGGCGGCGCGCAGCACCGAGGCCAUCCGAGCCAGCCGCGAGGAGAUCCACGAGUACCGGCGCCAGCUGCAGGCGCGCACCAUCGAGAUCGAGGGGCUGCGCGGAGCCAAUGAGUCCCUGGAGAGGCAGAUCCUGGAGCUGGAGGAGCGGCACAGCGCUGAAGUGGCUGGAUACCAGGAUAGCAUUGGGCAGCUGGAGAAUGAUCUGAGGAAUACCAAGAGUGAGAUGGCACGCCACCUUCGGGAAUACCAGGACUUGCUCAAUGUGAAGAUGGCUCUUGACAUUGAAAUAGCAGCCUACAGGAAACUACUGGAAGGUGAAGAGACACGUUUCAGCACCAGUGGAUUAAGCAUUUCAGGGCUGAAUCCACUCCCCAACCCAGGUUAUCUGCUUCCACCUAGAAUUCUCACUUCUACAACCUCCAAAGUCUCAUCCAGUGGGCUGUCUCUUAAGAAAGAGGAGGAGGAAGCUUCUAAGGCAACCUCUAAGAAAACCUCCCAGAUAGAGGAAAGUUUUGAAGAAAUAUUGGAGGAGACAGUAAUAGGUACUAAGAAAACCGAGAAAUCAAACAUAGAGGAAAGUACCAUUUCAAGCCAAAAAAUCUAAUUCUGCUACUUUCAGAAAUGUCUAUGCUUAAAAGGGAUAAUAUGCAUUUGACUUGUUAAACAGCCCACUCUAAACCAAAACACCUAUCACCACACACACACAAUAUAUAUGUGUGUAUAUGUAUAUCUUAAGGCUUCAGUCUCACGUUUAGCAUUGAAUACUUUGAUAACUAGCUAUCAAGAAAAAAAAAAAAAACUCCUUAGAUUGUAGCAAACUGCAGUCCUAGAGUAACACAAAGGAGUUAUUUAAGAACACAGCUUUCUAACCUAAAGCUCAGGCUUCACAGUGAUAGAUGAUUCAAGUACAGAAGAAGUACAAACUAAGGUGCUAAAUCUGUGAUCAUUGUCAUUUGCUGUGAGUUGAAAUGAAAACUUAUAUUUAUUCACUAUGCCCAGCCAUAGCCCAGUGAUAUACUUUCAUUUAGAUGCCUAAAACAUAAGAUCACUGCCAAAGAUAAAUCAAUGAUUUAUUCCCAGUGUUAUUCUCAUAGAACUAUUUUACAAAUUACAAGUACUUGAUAGACAUUUUCCUUUUCACACAUAUGCCCUCAAUUUCAUAUAUCCUCCUGGUCAGAAAAGAAAAACAAAACAAACAAACAAACAAACUAAAUGUAGUAUUCUUCCCUUUUAAACACACUUAGAUAUUUCUCCCAAGAAUUUGCUCCCCCCCACAUGCUCUAUGCUUAGUGGGAAACUUAGAUGCAUGUUGACCAUUUCCCUGAUUCGUGUAAUGACUUCUACUCAUUUCCUUCUGAUCCUAUAGGUUAAAAAAAAUGGCAGUGAUAAUUGCUAAUGGUUGCCCCAACAAAUAAAAUUAUGAAAAGAGUCCUAGAAUUUAGACUUUGAGAUUAUUCAAAUUCAGCUGAGGGGGAAAAAAACUUAAGAAUGUAGCAUUUCACCUUAAUUUUAGAAAUAUGCUCAUAGUUAUCCCAAGCUAUAAUUCAACUGACCUUAGAUUUAGUAAUAUAAGCUAGAAAGGGUAAUUAUAUGAAUGGAAAAGACCAAAAUCUCAUUUAUCUGUAUCAGCUCAUUGUGAUGGUAUAGAAUUAGAUAUCCGUGCCCUUUAGGAGGAAUCCAGAUACCCCCUUCCCACUCACCUAGCUCCACAAGAGGCCUUGUUUUCACCCUCUCUCCUAGGCCUUCCAAGAGUGCUGAAUGUAGGCUAUUUUAUCAUCAGGGUACAGUGCUACCAUCCAAAAGCAAACGCCAUUUCUGGCCAUUCAGAACCCCCCAGCAAGUAGGAAAAAGAAACCUUUCUGUUUUCAAAGCAUUUUGCCCACCAGUUUUCCCACUGCUGCACAGUAGGUAGAGUCUCCCUUCCUUGACAGACAGGAAGAGGUGCUCAGACCAGAGGGGAGGCACACAGGUGCCCAUUCACAUGCUAGGAAGCAGAUUCUGAAGAGUCAGCUUCCCACCGGCCCAGCUGCGUAGCAGCUUAUUGUUCAGUCUUCCACGGUGCCAAGUUUGAUGCAGGAUUUAUUCCGUCACCAGUUUCUUUCAUCAGAAAUGAACAAUUGCCAAACCUGUGUCUCCACAAGUUUCCGCUGAGAGCUCUAGUGAUGAUGACAUGAUGCUUUUACUGAACUUAUGUAUCCUCACACAUGCUUCAAUAGUUCAAUUAACUUGAAAAAUACUUCAAUUCCUUUCCCUUAAUCCUAUCUCUGUCUUUAUUCCUUAAACAUUAGUAAAAUAAGAAAUAAAAGUCACACGAAUCCCACCAACAUAA